AUGCACCCAUUCUCCGUCCUCACGCUUGGCAUCUUUGUAGCUGGGUAUACCACCGCUCGCUGGGAUCUCGUCACUCGCCUGUAUGAACUGGCCAUCUUUGCCUGGGACUACGGUGUUAUCACUCGCUCGUUGAAGGCCUUCUUGGUUCUUAGCAUCUUCUUCGUCGUCCUGAUCGUCCCCAUCGAGCGCAUAGCUGCCCGCGAGUCCGAUAUAACCUUCAUGGUUGCCCCCAAUGCCUUGAUGCGCAUCUUCUGGCCUACCGACUUUGUUCGCUCCGACAAAGCAGGUGUCAUUCUAGGAUGGAGGAACUCGGAUCUCGACAUGGUUGUCGUGACCAUCCUGUUCGAGGUUGAUGCACGCAAUGUUGACACUGCUCUCAAGAUGGGCUAUCUGUUUCGUGGUAGCCCCCAUCCCAUCGAUCGCAUCAUCGAUAGGUGCGGUCGCUUGCCGUUGCAGGUUUUGGGAACGCUGAAUUCAGAGCGCGCGCCUUCUCUCACUUUCAACCCUUCCUCCAUCCAGGUCUACUACCGCCCCGGCGAUCCGAUCCCCCAGGUGCAUUGCCCUGGCGAGCCAUCCAUCUCGCUGCAGAUUGUCACAUUCGAUCGACCCAAUCCCUACCAUAUGCAAUACCUGUCCCUCACGCCAAUCUCCCUCACCCUGUCAGAUGCACAAGAAAGAGCAAGGAGAACACAAGUCGGAGACUUUGGUGCAGAAGAGGCGGCCGACAAAGCGCGCAAGCAGCAGCUGGUGGACAAGCUUCGCAUGCAUACUGUUGUCCACCGUGCACGCACUCCCAUGGAAAUCGCCCUACCCGUGAUACUGAACCAAAUAAACUGCUCAUACGAGAUUGACGAGUUGAUGCGCAAAAACGUCAGGUUCGUUGGUCAACGCACGAGGCGCAGCAUGAGCGUAAGUGAGCGCAUGGCAGAGUCCGCUGCCGACCUCUGGGACUACACACGCUACGGCAUACACCACGCCUUCUUCGCCUACGUCUAUCCAAUCAUCACCCGGCUGCUCGUACUGGCUUUGGUCAGCCAUCGUAUUGCUGGCGAAGCGUGGUUGAGAGUUCUCGAAUGGCGACCUAUCCCAGAUGCCGCCGCUCUCAAAGACAUUUCAGCCACUGCCCAGCAAAUCGACAUACGUCUGCAGCAAUUUUGCUACUGGCCAAUUCAAUAUCUCACCCUGCGCAAGCGACGUACCGACUGGGGAAGCGUCACGAAUAGUCACCCUGAGUAUAUUCGUUUCUACAACAGCCUGUGGCUCGUCGCAAACGAUAUCAUCAUCGGCAUUGCCAUCGGCUCCUUUAUUAUCGAGAAUUCAGACUACGUCGCAGCUCAAGUUGAAUCCAUUGUCGAUUCUUGGUUCAUUGAUGGUCUUCAACGCAUGAUUUGUUGGCUGAUGGAUUAUCCUGCUGGUCUCAAACUCAACAAGGAUCUGGCGCUGUUCCUUGGUGAUCUUUUCCUCUGGAUCAUCGACUACUGGGCUGAAUGUAUGAAGAGCAUAAGACCUCUGCUCCCGCAUGUCAUCCAGGUCAUAGGCUUUUCGAGCUUCGCUGGUGCAAGUAUGCCUGUCUCGCUCUUCUCAGAUCUACUUUCCAUAUUGACGAUUCACGUUUACGCAUUCUACAUUGCCUCGGCUCGCAUAUACAACUGGCAGCUCACCAUAAUAGUCUCACUCUUCCACCUCUUCCGCGGCAAGAAACGAAACGUCCUUCGAAACCGUAUCGACUCGUGCGAUUACGACCUCGACCAGCUGCUCCUAGGCACGAUUUUGUUCACACUCUUGACCUUCUUGCUCCCUACCAUUGGUGUAUUUUACGCAACUUUCGCUGGCGCGCGUAUGGGUAUAAUUGCUUUCAAAGCUGCUUUGGACACAUGGCUGGCUUGCUUGAACCAUUUUCCUCUUUUCGCACUCAUGCUGAGAAUCAAGGAUUCUCGGCGAUUACCAGGUGGCAUACGUUUUGAACUUCGUGAUACCCCUUCUGCAUUCGAUUCUUCGCGUCAGCAUGGUUCUAUGAAACCUGAAGUUGCACCCACUUCGCAUGUACAGUUACAGUCUGUGCCCCUACCUUUCUCUGAAACUUUCUCUCAAUAUGCACAGCUCGCAGAUCGUAUCCGCAAACACUACCUCUCGCCUAGUGUAUUCUUGUGCCUACUCACAGGUCGCUUCGUGCCGCCAAUCCAUCGCAAGAGCUUGUACAGUAUGCAGUAUAGCAUGCUUCCAGCAAAGCGAAUUCCGAUUGCAGAGUUGUGGUGGAAAUUGAUGGGUGGGAAUGGAGCGCAAAAGCCUCAAGCCAAUGGAAAUACCAGCUCAACCCUCGGUCGGAAAGGUCAGAACAGGAGGACACCGGGACAUUGGUGGAGUCAAUGA